UUCUUUCUUUCUUUCCUUUUUUUUAAAAAAAAAAACUUUUAAGAAUAGAAAUUCGGUUCUUCUAGUUUAUUCCUGAAUUAUUAAUUUAAUCUUGACUUCUAUAAACACAUAUAGCUAAGGGUUUUCUUUUUCCGGUUUGGAUUAUUACCGAGUACAUAUGGAGUGCUGUUUACAGGAGUGCUUGCAAGUAGAGAAAGGAAAGAACUUUUAUGAUUUUCAGUUCAACACAAGGCUUGUCAAAUCCACUAUUGUUCAUUUUCAGGUACCCACUGCUUCAAAUGGCUUUCUUCAUUCUUCACCAAAAAAAAUAUAUUUAUAUACUUGGGAGCAUUUUAAACUUUAACUUUUCAGUUUGCUUAUUUGGGUCUAAAAUGACUUCUUUUUUCUUUUUGUUUUUUCUUUCUUUUAAACUUUUGUCACCUUCAUUGAUGCAUUAAACACUUCGUAAUCUCGUUGUACAAUCCCAUCAUAUCAUCGAUACAGUGUUUACACCAAAUUAAUUGAAUUGCCUAGUAAGAGAUGAGUUCAUAUUUUGUAGCAUAAGUCCAUUUGGUAGAUGUUUUCCCACAAGAAGUUGUUUAGUUGAACUAUUUGUCUUGAGAUCCUUGACAGAUGUUUUCUACACAAAAAUUAGAAGUUAGCACUACUCUUUCUCAGCCUUUAGUCUUCGCGUUUGCAUAUCUGUCUUCUCUAACCUAUAAUUUCAUUAUUGGUUAUGCAUGCAUCAUUAGCCUUAUGGUUUUGCAGGGCUUGCCAUUCUGUUAUUAUCAGUUUAUGGACCUCUUUAUAUGUAAUAUCUGAAAUCCAUUCUACUUAUGAACAACCAAUUUAGCAACUCUAUGAUUGAAUCUUGUUGGAGAUAAGUUACUGUACAAUGCGGCCAUCAUACCAAUUCCACUUCAGGCCAGCAAUCUGGUGACAUAUCUUUGCUCGUUUUAAAAAUUCACUGUUUUUGAACAACUUAACUCUUGGUAGACGGUUUCGGGGCAUGGAAAUACUUAAGCUCCCACACUUGCUGUAUAAACUUGAGGAUUGUAUUCACUGAAUCCUUUUUGUGCAGAUGGCGUCUGAAGGAUGCUUAUUUUUUAUGUCCACUGGUUCACAAUUUCUCAAAAUUUAUUAAAAUUGAAGUUAUCAAUUUUGUAAGGUGGAAUCUUAAAUAUAUGGCAGAUAGUUUUUCUAAAGAUAGCGUGAUUCGGCUCCAAGUUUAUGGGUAUUUAUGCAUCACAACCAUGCCAUUACACGGGAUCUCUGGUUUUACUAUCUAGUUUUGAGUAGGUGUAUGAAUUAUAUAGGAAUUUUGAGAUAUUUUGUUUAAAUGGAUAUGUGCCCGUAUAUGCAAUUUUAAUGCAAUAGAUACACAUGCACUAGGCACAUAUUAACACACACAGACAAGCUAUAUUUAGAGAGUCAUUGAAAUCAGUAUGCAGUUUACUCCUUAAGGUUAUCCUAAGAAAUCAAGCAAAAGGAAAAAAGUUGCGUGGAGCUGGCGAGUACAAAAAUCAUGCUAUAAAGCUACUGUAGCUAAUGAAUAUGCUGCCGCCUCAUCCAACUUUAAUUGCCUUUGGAUGGGUCACUUUGGAUUACUUCUUACUCUCCUGAUGUUUUUCAGUUUUUACUAUUGGAAUGUCAAGCUGUGGUAAUAGCCUGCUAUUUUUCUUUGUACAUGUAAUAUAUACUUGCCUAUAAUAUUCUUUCCAUGGGUUGUUCAAUUUUUACAUGGCUUUAACCCAUCUCUGGCAUUUAGGAUUGCUAUUGCUCUUUCUUUCAGCCUUUUUAAGCAGGGUGGAAGUUAUAUCUGGGCAGCUGGCGCGUAAGGAUACGUUAUUUAUAUGCUAAGGAAUCUGCUAUGGGCAACUUCAAAGCAUGAUGUGUACCUUAUGCAAAAUUACUCGGUGAUGCAUUGGUCAUCAUUGCUGCGCAGAGGCAGAGAAGUACUCAAUGUGGCUAAACCAAUUGCUCCUACCCUGAAACGCUCAGGGUUGUUGGCUCAGUCCCUCUCAAGAGUGCAAAUAAGCACUAUGACUGUUAAAGGAAACUUAAUAGUUGCUGGUGGCUUUCAGGGAGAACUUAUUUGCAAGUAUUUGAAUCAACCUGGAGUUGCUUUCUGCACAAAGAUAACUACAGAUGAAAAUGCUAUUACCAAUGCAGUGGAUAUAUACCAUGACCACAAUGGCUCAAUGAGGAUUAUGACUGCAAACAAUGAUGCUCUGGUUAGACUUUUUGAUGCUGAAACAUUCGCCUGUCUAAACCGUUUCUCCUUCGAUUGGUCCGUAAAUAACACCUCUGUUAGCCCAGAUGGUAAAUUGCUCGCAGCCCUUGGGGACAGUACAGAGUGCUUGAUCGCUGAUGCCAACUCUGGGAAGGUAACUGGGAGUCUCAGAGGGCAUCUGGACUAUUCUUUUUCAUCAGCUUGGCACCCUGAUGGACGAAUUUUGGCCACUGGAAAUCAAGAUACUACAUGUAGGUUGUGGGAUAUAAGGAAUCUAUCCAAGUCCCUGGCCAUCUUAAAAGGAAAUAUGGGUGCAAUAAGAGCCCUGAGGUUCACAUCAGAUGGCCGAUUCCUGGCUAUGGCCGAGCCUGCAGACUUCGUUCACAUCUUUGAUAGAGAGUCUGGUUACAUCAAGUGCCAAGAGAUUGACCUGUUCGGGGAGAUUGCUGGCAUAUCCUUUAGCCCUGAUACGGAAGCUCUCUUCGUAGGGGUUGCUGACCGUACUUAUGGUAGCUUGUUAGAGUUUGACAGGAAGCAUUACAACUGGUAUUCGAACUCCAUAUUCUAGUGUAGAAUGACUAAAUGUGAACCAAACCUGAAGGAUGUGCAUAUUGUUUAAAGGUUUAGUUUUAGUGUUAUCAGAAGUUUAGAUUUUUACCUCUUUUUUUCUGCUAUGGUUCUCCUAGAUAUGGUUGCGGACUCCCUUAUUCCGGUUUAUAGAGAACUGUAUGCUUAGAUGACAGUGGCAUAUAGAUUUAGAAAGCUAUUUCUCUGAAGGUUUUCUUGUUCAGCUAGCAGAAAAUGGAAGAUAAAUUUUGUUUUGUAAAGAACUUAAAGAUUGCUGUGUACAUCAAGGAAACUGUUAAUCUUCAAUUCACUUUGAAAUAUUCAGUGGUUUCCAUUCCUGUUCA